CGUAAUCCCUCCCCGGGCUUGACAGUUCGCUGUUGCGGUAACGACACACUCAGCAAGAGGGAGAGAAAGGGCCGGCUGGCGAGACAUCGACCUAUAUCUGUUUAUUAGCUUUACGCUUACGGCUGCAGAACGAGCGAACAGUUCGUUUUAAAGAACAAGGCACCCGUAAAACCAAGCCACGUAUUUUGUCUUAUUCCUGACUUCGCUAACCAGCUGGCUAAUGUUAGCGGUUUCCUUGUUGGAGUUGCAGCCAUUUUGGAUUUUUACCGAGAAACAACUAACGUUAGCUGGCCGUGGUUCUGGGAGCAGCGUAAGCUAGCCACCGCUCCCGUUAACAAAAUUUAACAGCGCUGUUUAUCUGCAGACAGGGAGAAAGAGGCGUUUCACGAGAGGGGAUACACUAUACAACGAGUCAACAAUGAAUCCCGAAUAUGACUAUUUAUUCAAGCUGCUUCUGAUUGGUGACUCUGGUGUCGGAAAGUCUUGCCUUCUUCUCCGAUUUGCAGAUGACACAUACACAGAAAGUUACAUUAGCACUAUUGGUGUGGACUUCAAAAUACGAACCAUAGAACUAGAUGGAAAGACCAUUAAACUUCAGAUUUGGGACACGGCGGGUCAGGAGAGGUUUCGUACAAUCACUUCCAGCUACUACAGAGGUGCUCAUGGUAUCAUUGUAGUGUACGACGUCACAGACCAGGAGUCCUUCAACAAUGUCAAACAGUGGCUACAGGAGAUCGACCGCUAUGCCAGUGAAAAUGUCAACAAGCUAUUGGUUGGGAACAAGUGUGACCUGACGACAAAGAAGGUGGUGGAUUACACAACAGCAAAGGAGUUUGCAGACUCUCUGGGCAUCCCCUUUUUGGAAACCAGUGCCAAGAACGCCACCAAUGUGGAGCAGGCCUUCAUGACCAUGGCUGCUGAAAUCAAGAAGAGGAUGGGCCCCGGGGCCACAGCCGGAGGAGGGGAGAAGCCCAAUGUGAAGCUCACCCCCGGCACUACUGUCAAGCCUUCAUCAGGAGGAUGCUGCUGAGAGAGAAACCCCUUCCACUUUGACCCCCCACCCCCCCACCCCAGCAGGUCUGUCAGCCUGGUCGCCAUCCCCCUCAAACUCCACUGUGUCCCAUCUAAGGCCCGCCGCACCCAGACAGGACAGGGAAGACAUGAUUCACAACAUGUCGGUUUGAGAACAAGAGGAAGUUGCCUGUAUUUGUACUGUACAUAAUAUAGCCGCACUACCAAAAACAAAUAAAGCAUCCUUCUUGUCAUACUGUCCUGUUAUUGAUGACAAAUUCUACAGAUAGGUGAUCAUUUGACCAGGCCCUGACUCCCCCUCGCCCCCUAUCUCAGACCUCUCAGAGACUACUCUUUUAUUUGGCCCUCUGAAUGCAGGUUCAUGAGAACAGUGUGUGUGUGUGUGAGAGUGUGUCUGUUUCUCUGCAUUCCUACAGCGGGAUUGGUAAAUGGAUGGGUUUCAUUAAGGUUUCUGUUUCUCUUUUCGUUCAGUGAUUAUUUUGCUGUUUGUAUCAGCAUGUGUCUGUCAGUCUGCCAUUUGAAGGUGUGUGUUGUUUUUUUUUCCUCGCCAACCUCUGCACAGCAGUGUCUCACAGUCCAGCAUCUAAAGUCUAGUGCAACAGUAUAUGUACAUAAACAUUAUGUAUAUAUUAUGUCAGAUCUGACUUGCCUGUUCUGUAGUGUUCAGUACGUUAUUGGGAUAGUCUUGACUAUCUCUGCAUUAAAUUUGUGGCUGAAUACAACAAAGUUUGUUGCCCAACAUGUAACACUUUUGAAAAUGUAACAACAGAAAAUAAAUAUUGUACAACCAGA